UCCGCGUCUACACGACUCCCGCCUAUCCUUGCACCCCACGUACGCGGCCCCAAUGCGGGGUGAGUAACAGAUCAAAUGGACUUCUGGGUGAGGCUACUUGGCGGCUCGUCCCAGAAGAAGAAGCAGAUCGCGCCAAACAACCCGCAGCAGCGGCUGGCACGCUUCCGGCAGCGAUACAACCAAGUUCUGCAAGCAUGGCAAAAGGCAACCAACCUCGCAAGCGACCGCGAAGCGCUGGGCAACAUCCGCCGUGGCUUCCAGGCCCUCACCGCGAUCCUCAGUGAUGAGUCCCGAUCACCCGCACCCCACAUGUGCCUGCAGUUCGCAGCCGCCCAGCAGAUAUACACGGCUGUCUCCAAGAUAGCAGCCACUGCGCACGACGAAGGCACCGUUAGGGACGCCGUCGCAUUCUACAAUGCCCUCAUCGAUAGCGAGGAAGAGGACUUUCUCGAGAAUGAUGUCUUCGCAGCCUCCCUCAUGAACUUCAUCGAUCGGACAAUCGGAUCUGGCAGUAUAGGUAUUGGUGAAGACAUUGAGGCCGACAUUGUCGAGCUGCUGUUCGGCAUUGCGGCCAAAAUCAGGUUACAGCCAGAGAUCCUGCAUGUCUGGUUCACCACCACAUCUGCAGACAGCCAAAGACGACUGCUCAACCAGAAAGCCGAUUUUGCGGGUGUCACACAAAAAGAAGAUUUUCCGCUGUGCUAUCAGCUCAUUGAUCACGUCCAUCACGAAGGUCGUAUCGGAGACUUUGCGCGCACUGGCCUACUAUACAUAUUCGAGUCUGCGUCCAGGUCUAUAGAUCUGGAGCAGUGGAUAGUGAACAGUGACCUCCCUACACUCAUGGCAACUGGACUAGGAGCAUUGUACAGUCAGAUGAGCAGGUAUCCUUCGCUACUAGAAUCAUCCGAUGCUGAUGGCGGUUCCUCUGUUGCAGUGCUUACAUAUCUCCGCCAUAUACUGGACGGUCUGGACCAUCCCGAGCUUGUACACAUGAUGCUUCAGUAUUUGCUAGCGUUACUGGACUAUACAACUUCUACAGCGCCACGUUCACCCGCCGCUGUCAAACGACGCCAGUCGCUCAUGCUGCUCAGUGCAACAGACAAAGAUGACGACAAAUUCAACCCAUCGCUUUUCAAUCUUGUCGAUCUUGUGCUGGGCAGCACUGCCUCUCGAAAUCCACAGACUGUCACCGCAGCGUUGAAGUUGACAACAGUGAUUCUGAGCAAAAAUCACAGCUAUGCGCUUGGGUCUCUUGUAAAGGUCAUGGCUAUUCACCACAAAGAGCAUCAUAGGACGGUCGGAUCACUGAACAAGGAACUCGAAAUGUACCUCAACGUUGCUGUGGACCUUGCCGGUCUUGAAGGUGUCGAUGAGGCUUAUGACAGCUAUCUCAAGGAUGUGUUGAGCCUACUGGAAUCUCAUCCUUGUUCGCUGAAGACGAUUGGCAUACCAUCCAUGUCUGGGAAGAAUCAAGGAUACUUUGACUCAACUGAAGCCUCGGCUAGGGAUGUUGACCCGCAUCACCUGCUCCCAGAAGACCCACUCUUCCAAACCAUGAUUGACUUACUGCUAACAUUCCUCACAAACGAUGUUGAGACUAAUUUGGCACUUACCGAGGCAAUUAUCACGCUUGGAACGUGCUCUCAGCUGCGUCUGGAAGGCUGGCUGUCUGUGGAUCCUGCCGACUACCACUUCGAGAACAAUAACUCCGGAGUAGAGUCGUUCUCGAAUGAAAAUUUGCGGGCCAUGUACAUGGCUGAAAGGCUUCCAAAUUGGAAUCCAGCAGCCACACCCCAGUUGCUGGCGUGCUUGCAACAGCUUCAGGCUCAAGUCAAUGCUCUCCGGAGCGACAUCAAGGACUGGGAUGAGCAGGUUGCUAGUCGUAAAGACACUUUCCGCAUCCACCAAGACAUAGAAGAGGAGUCCAAAAUGUCUACACCUCAGUCAAAAUCCGUUAGAGCUCCUUCCGAAACACCAGCUGGGUCCUGGACGCCACAAAUACCAAAACAUGUUCUGGACCCACCAAAGACGCCUUCACGAGCUCAGUCUCCUCGGGGAAGAAAAGAAGCACUUGCAGCGUCAAGAAAUACGCCUGGGGGAUCUCCUGUUCCCUCGAGAUAUGGCGGUCAAACUCUCGUUGGCUCACCUGCUCGAGCGGCGUCCCCUCUAUCAGUGCAGAAUGUCAGCAUCCUACAGCCGUCGCUCAUGUCCGAUGUGGACGCCAGUAUAGCACAAAUUAGGAUGAAUCAAUUUGGCAAGAGACGCAUUCGCUUUCGGCGCGCAGCUGGGUCAAAAGAAGUUGAAGUCAUGCUAUCCAAGUUCCAGCCGCCACCCAAGGAGCCUUCUGAAGACACAACAGAUAGCGCUGAAGAGAGGGAGGAAGAUGAUAUUCGAGAGGCGAGCCUAAUGCAUAUCAUUACGAACGUGGUGAUUCUGCAAAACUUUGUGCUGGAGCUCGUGGCAUUGAUGCAAGUCAGGGCUAGCUUGUUUAAUGAGGUCAAGUUUCUUUAAGGGUGUAGUGCUUGUUGUGGGGGUGUUUUCGGUUUAGUAGCACGAAUAUACCCAUUUUCAUGUC